AUGGAGGAGGAAAGUGCCGUUUGUUCGACCGAAGUGCUCGGAGCGGCGAAAACGGAGUCAUCAAUCAACGAGACUGCCUCCGGAAACGAAACAAAGCCGGACCACGAUGAGAAUGAGGCGAACUUUAGUCCGUGUGUGAACAAUAAAGACGAGAGUGGUGUUGUUCUCGAAGGAUCGGAAGCCGGUAAAAAUGUGACUGUGGAUUCGUUUAUAGAAAGCGAAGUGUGUGAAGUGAUCGACGACGCGCGUUCGCUGGGCGACCUCGAUAGUCUGCCGGCGGGCGACGAGCUGGCCCUCGGGGCUGCCGGCAGCGAUAGCGGCGUGGAAGGCUGCGGCCGUGCCCUCAGCAGCGGCGGUGGAUCGCGUUCUUGCGCCUCAAGCGUUGUAUCCUGCGGCUCGGGUUGCGGCUCGGAGAGUUCAUCCUUGGCGGGCGCCCCCCUGCGCACUAGGCGUCGAGUGAACGUCACCGUGAUCGAAUCCAAGAAAAGUUCCCCCGUCGGUUCGUCCACACCGAAGCCGACCACCGCACCGCGAGGCCCCAACUUGGCGACGCGGGAGCGGGCCAGGAGCAGGGAGAAGCCCACGCCGCCCGAAAAGCCCCGUCCGCUGACCCCAAAGCCGCGAAUACGCCCCACCGCAGACCUACCUAACCUGGUCCGCGAGAGUCCCGCGUUGCGUGCCAAGCCUACGAAGACCUCCACUGCUCGGUGUCGCACGCCGAACUCGCCGAGCGACGAAAAGAAAUGGCCUCCUAACGGUCCACGCUUAACGCCCGUCUCAGACUCCGGUGCGACGAGAGUGGCCGCCGAUAAGUAUGGUACUUUGCCGCGGAGGCGGCGCGAUGUCGACCCAGAAAGUUCGCCAAAGCACGAGAGCACGCCACCCACCUCCAGGAGGCCUACCAUCACUCGUUCUGCGUCGUCGCGAUCGACGAUCAAAACCAGAGUGCGCAUUUACGCAGAGAAAAACUGCCAGACUGUUCUGUUGGGCUCAGAUAUCGAUUCCGCUUUGGCAGGGAUCAUACCCAACAUCGAGAGCCGGAUCGAGGUGUCGCGCUGCCACCGCGGCGUGCAGGCGAGCGCCCGCGACGCCGAGCUGGCGCGAUUGGCGGCGGCGGCGGCCGCGGCGGCGGCCAACGCGGCCGAGGAGCGCGAGCGGCGGCUGCACGCGGAGGCCCAGCUGGCGGCGGAGAGGGCCGCGCGCCUGGCGGCCAUCUCCGAGCUGGAGCGCAACUCGCAGCGCCUCCUCGAGCUCGCCGGUGCCGGCGCUGGUGCCGGCGCGGACGGCUGUUUGCGGGCCCUCGAGGAGCAGCUGCGCUCUGCAGGAGAGCUGGCGACGCGGCAGCGCGGCGAGAUAGACGCACUAAGGGAUCAUUGCAACAAGCUACACGGUGAGGCACUGAGAGGCCGAGAGGCGGCGCGCGCGGCGGAGGCGCGCCUAGCGGAGGCGGAGCGGGAGGCGGCCGAAAUGCAGGACUUCCUCGCGGCCGAGACGGGCGCUCUCAGCGACUCGCUGCGAGAGGCCGACGCUGAGCUCGUCCGCCUCAACGCGGACCUCGAGCGCAGGCGCGCGGAGUGCCGGCAGCUGGUGCGCAUGUGCGAGCAGCGGCGGCAGGAGGCGCUGGCGGCGGCGGCGCGCGCGCGCAGCGGCGGCGGCGCGGCGCCCGCGCUCGACGCACUGGCGCGCCGCCUCCGCGCGCUCACCGACGCCGUGCUGCGCGCCUACAACCUGCCGCGCGACGCCACGCUGCCCAGCGUCUACCACAACGACGCCUACAACAGGUGCGCCCGGCGGCGUCGACGCUCGCCCAUGUCUAGUCGUCACGGUUUCUUAGAUAUGGAGGCGCCUAAAAUUUCAUCGGUGCCGGAUACGGGCCGCAAGAGAAUAUCGAAU